GGGUCUCUUGCACCUUGGGUCACGCCUCCUUGGCGAGAAGGCGCCUCGCCUUUGAUUGUUUCCAGUUAUUGCAGAACUUCCUGCCCUAGUGGAGAAGCGGGUCUCCUUGGGUCGCGCUAGUUUCUGGCCUGAGGCUUGAGACGGAGUUCACACAGUCCUGGGUCCCCGAAUCAGGAAGGAUUGGGAGAACAGAGACUGCGAGCCACCGCGCCCGAAGUGAGAGAGGCCCCGUGUUGGGGUCCUCCCUUUCCUUGCAUACGCAUCCCUCGGGGCUUUGAACCUUCCUGAGGACCCCCUCGCCGGGAGAUGGCCGCGUGGAUGCGGGGCAAGGAUUCGUCCCGCUGCCUGCUCCUACUGGCGGCGGUGCUGAUGGUGGAGAGCUCACAGAUCGGCAGCUCGCGGGCCAAACUCAACUCCAUCAAGUCCUCUCUGGGCGGGGAGACGCCUGCCCAGGCAGCCAAUCGAUCUGCGGGCACGUACCAAGGACUGGCUUUCGGCGGCAGUAAGAAGGGCAAAAACCUGGGGCAGGCCUACCCUUGUAGCAGUGAUAAGGAGUGUGAAGUUGGGAGAUACUGCCACAGUCCCCACCAAGGAUCAUCAGCCUGCAUGGUGUGUCGGAGGAAAAAGAAGCGCUGCCAUCGAGAUGGCAUGUGUUGCCCUGGUACCCGCUGCAAUAAUGGCAUUUGCAUCCCAGUCACUGAAAGCAUCUUAACACCUCACAUCCCAGCUCUGGAUGGCACUCGGCACAGAGAUAGAAACCAUGGCCAUUACUCAAACCAGGACUUGGGAUGGCAGAAUCUAGGAAGACCACACACCAAGAUGUCACACAUAAAAGGGCAUGAAGGAGAUCCCUGCCUACGAUCAUCAGACUGCAUGGAAGGGUUUUGCUGUGCUCGUCACUUCUGGACCAAAAUUUGCAAACCAGUGCUCCAUCAAGGAGAAGUCUGUACCAAACAGCGCAAGAAGGGCUCUCAUGGGCUGGAAAUUUUCCAACGGUGUGACUGUGCAAAGGGCCUGUCUUGUAAAGUAUGGAAAGAUGCCACCUACUCCUCCAAAGCCAGACUCCAUGUAUGUCAGAAAAUUUGAUCACCACUGUUGAAAAUCAUCACUACCAGACUGUGAAUUUGUGUAUUUAAUGCAUUAUAGCAUGGUGGAAAACAAGGUUUGGGAUUCAGAAGCAUGGCUAAAAUAAGGAAUGUGAUAAGAAGAUAGAGCACAGAAAAUGAGAGGAAAAGAGAACUAAAUAGAUUAGUAUGGGUAACAAUGCAGCACAACAAGUG